CCGGUGAAGAAACGAACAAGACGUAAUUUGUGUGUUCUCGUGUGUGUUGAAACGUUUGAAGCGUCUCGCUGUUUUGUGAGAUUUUUUUUGCACGUAUCUCGGCUUUGGAAUGUAACAGUUCGUCAUAGCGAAUAACUCGUUGAAGACUAUUUAAAAAAAAAAAAAAAAAAAAAAAAACGUCGGAAAGCACGGCAGGUGUUUCUGUAGCAGAAGCAACGAGACCGGUGGAAACUUUCUCCGAGGACGUGAUGAGAGAUUAGAGUAAAUAAAAUACAGAGGAAGGAUAACCGAGCAGAAUCACUUAAACCCGGUUAUUCCGCUGGAAUUUGUUCACAAGCGCCGAGCCCUCCUGCGUCUGAGGUGGAUCAAAAUGCUGUGGUAAGGUGGAUGCUCAGUGAAGCAUGGUGGUGAAGAUGGUGGGAUCGCGCUCAAUGGGGCCUUUGUCAUGGGGCCGGUUCAAAUGGCCGGGGAUUAUGGGAAUAGGAGUUCUUUAUCUGCUGCUUCUCUCAACCUGCCUUGGCCAAGACGCAGAAGAUUGGCAAUACGAGGAAUGUAAGCUGUCACGGUCCGGUCCUCCUGCCACCAUCGUUGCCAUAGACGAAGAGAGCCCCAAUGGAACGCUGUUGGUGGAGAAUAUGCAGAUUAAUGGUGUGGCAGAGGGUCCAGAUCGUACCAUCUCUCUGUCUCUAAGGGACAACUACGACCACUGGGUGAUUCUCGACCCUGCUAAACAAGCCCUGUACCUCAACAGCACUGGACGUGUCCUGGAUAGAGAUCCCCCCUCCUACAUUCAGUCCAUUGUGGUUCAGGUUCAGUGUACCAACCAGCUGGUGGGCACGGUGAUUUUGCACGAGGUCCGCAUUGUUGUCCGAGACCGCAAUGACAAUGUACCGGUCUUCCAGCAGCCAAGAUACUAUGUGGCCAUCAAUGAGCUGACACCGAUAGGAACCACAAUCUUCUCUGGUUUCUCGGGGAACAACGGCGCGACGGACAUUGACGAUGGACCGAACGGACAGAUAGAGUACACCAUCCAGUACAACCCUAAUGAUGUGGCAGCCAGCAAGACCUUUGACAUCCCACUGACACUCUUUGGCUCCGUGGUUCUGCGAGAAAGACUCAACUAUGAAGAGAUAACACGAUACCUGGUCAUCAUACAGGCUAAUGACCGAUCCCCCAACCCAAGUGAGCGUCGCACAGCCACCACCACUCUCACUGUGGAUGUACUGGAUGGUGAUGAUUUGGGCCCCAUGUUUCUGCCAUGUACACUCGUGGGAAACACCCGUGACUGUAAUCCCAUCACAUAUAGGGCCAACAUACUGGAGCUUACAGAUCCAGUUAAGGUGAAUCCGGUCAAUGUGACUCCGCCCAUCCAGGCUGUGGACCAAGACCGAAACAUACAGCCUCCCUCUGACAGGCCAGGGAUUCUGUACUCCAUCCUCAUUGGUAAACCGGAGUCCUAUGCAGAAUAUUUCAGCCUGAACAGAACCACAGCAGAGCUUUUGCUACUAAAACCAAUCGACAGAGAACUCUACCACAAAUUUGACCUUGUUAUCAAGGCAGAACAGGACAAUGGCCAUCCCCUCCCAGCGUUCGCCAACCUCCAAAUUGAAGUUCUGGAUGAGAACAACCAGGCACCCUACUUCCUGGAGACCAGUUACCAUGGCUACGUUAGUGAGGCAUCACCUGUGGGAUCCACAGUAACUACCAAUGCCAGCCUGUCUACUCCACUGGCCAUCAUAGCUCUGGAUAAUGAUGUGGAGGAGACCAGGGAUCCUCAGCUCCAGUUUUCUUUGGAUAGCUACUCCACCAUCUUCUCUGUGUCUGCUGCUGGAAUCAGAAGAUACCUCACCCUUCUGCAGCCACUGGACAGAGAGACACAAGAUUCAUACACAUUCAUGGUGGUAGCAUCAGAUGGAGUCCAGCAGAGCCUGCCAGUUACGGUGACAGUGACAGUGUUGGAUGCUAAUGACAACACACCAAUAUUUUCUAACGUCUCCUAUAACGUCAACCUGUACACUAAUAUGAUGCCUGGAGAACCUGUGUUACAGCUGUCAGCAGUAGACAAUGAUGCAGGACCCAAUGGUCAAGUCACCUACCGGAUCUUAGCAGGCGACCAAGGACACUUCCUUAUCAACAACAACACUGGGAUCAUUACCGUAGCAACAGGGGUCAACCUCACUGUGGGGCGGAGCUAUGCUUUGACCGUGGAAGCUAUGGACAACGGACAUGAGCCCCACCGAAGAUCAUCCAUUACUACAGUCUACAUUGAAGUUUUGCCCCCAAACAACCAGAGUCCCCCCCGCUUCCCACGGCAACAGUACAGCCUGGAGAUCAGUGAGGCUAUGAGGACUGGAGCUACACUGCUUAAUCUGCAGGCAAUUGAUCGGGAGAGGGACCCUAUCAGCUACAAUAUCCUGAGUGGAGACCCCCAAGGACACUUCACACUGCAGCAGAGGACAGGACAUUUGAUUCUGGACAAGCCUCUGGACAGGGAGACGUUGGACCAUUACACCCUGGUGGUCACAGCCUCAGACGGACACGCAGAGGGGACUUCCACCGCCACAGUGAACAUCGUGGUGACAGAUGUUAAUGACAACGACCCGCUGUUCGAUUCUUCACUGCCAGUGAACCUCACCGUCAUCGAGGAGCAGGACCACGCAUACGUCGGACGGGUCAAGGCUACAGACCCAGACCUGGGGUCAAGCGGUCAGGUCCACUAUCGACUCAUCAACCACCAGAACCUGUUCUCCAUCAACGCCAGUGGAGCCAUCAGAACCUUGGUGCCUCUGGACCGAGAGGUGACAGGCCAUUACGACCUAAUCGUUGAGGCUUGGGAUGGUGCAGUGGAUCCGCGGCGCUCCCGGUUAACACUGCCCGUUACUGUCCUGGAUGUAGACGACAACAGCCCAGUAUUCACCCAACAGUCUUACAUUGUCAGCCUGCCGGAAAACAACCCCAAAGAUACGGUCAUACUGCAGCUACAGGCGAUGGACGCUGACCUGGACUCCAACCUAACAUACCAGAUCAGAGCUGAGGGGCCAGAUCAGGAGAUCAGCCAGCUGUUUCAUGUCGACCCGGUAACAGGAGAGCUGACGGCGGUAAAAGUUUUCGACUAUGAAACCCUGAAUGACCUCGAGCCUUCAUACACAUUCACUGUAGAGGCCUUGGAUACAGGGGGAACCAUGCCUCCUGGUCUGGCUUCUGUCACUGUCAAGAUUAUGGACAUGAAUGACUUCGCCCCGGUAUUCAGCCAGUCGGUGUAUCGAGGCAUGGUUGCUCCUAAUGCUGUCAAGGGAACCAAAGUUACCACAGUGAUGGCGAGUGACUCCGACCCCGCGGGCACCCCAGCAGGUCUGGUGCGCUAUAAAGUGAACCAGGAGGCUUAUCCAUAUUCUGCAAGUAUAUUUGAUGUCGACGAAGAGACGGGACACGUGAUUACCAGGGUCAAUCUCAAUGAAGAGCCCAACCUCAAGUUCAAUCUGGUGGUGGUUGCCUAUGACGAUGGUGAGCCGGUAAAGGAGAACACGACUCUAGUGGAGAUAACGGUCCUGCAGCCGUCUGUCAUCCCUGUGUUUACUCAGGAAGAAUACAGGUUUUCUCCUGUGAGUGAGGCGGCUCCUGUUGGAACACCAGUGGGAGUCAUUGAGGCUUCCGCUGUCAAUCAAACGAUCAUCUACUCCAUCAUCGAGGGCAACGAGGGAGGUGUAUUCCGAUUAAAUGACACGUCAGGAGUGAUUUCCACUGCCAAGCUCCUGGACUACGAGACCAAUGCCAGUUAUGUUCUAAAAGUGGAGGCAGACUCUAUCGGAGUGGUGUUGUCCAACCUGUCAGCUCCCUCCAAAGUCAACACAGCCAAGGUGGUGAUUGAUGUCCAUGAUGAGAACGACCACCCACCAGUUUUCUCCAAGCCCCUCUACAUCGGAGGGGUUGCAGAGGACGCCAAAACAUUCACCUCCGUCUUGCAAGUCCAGGCCCUGGACAAAGACACAGGGAACUACAGCUCUAUGUUGUACCGGCUGAUCAUCCGUCCCCCUACCGGUAAGGAUGGAAAAGACACCAAAGAUGGGUUCGUCAUCGAACCGUACAGCGGCGUGGUGAAGACGGCCAUCAUGUACCGUAACAUGAGGAGGUCGUAUUUUAAGUUUGAGGUCGUCGCCACAGACAACUACGGUCAAGGACACAGCAGCAAAGCAGAGAUAGUCGUGUCAGUCGUGAACCAACUGGACAUGCAGGUCGUCGUGUCAAACGUCCCACCAACUGUUGUGGAGAAGAACAAGAAUCAGCUGCUUGGCAUUUUGGAACACUACGUCCAGGACCAGAUACCCGGGGCCAAGGUUGUCGUGGAGACCAUUGGGCCCCAUCGUCAUGGCGACGGAAUGGAACAGGAAGACUACUCCAAGUCGGACUUGAUGGUUUAUGCUAUCGACCCGCUGACAAACAGAGCUAUAUCAAGACAGGAACUCUACAAGUUCCUUGACGGUAAACUCCUGGACAUUAACAAGGAGUUCCAGCCCUACUUUCCCCCCGGCGGGCGAAUCCUGGAGAUUCGAACCCCUGAAAUGGUGACCAGUGUCAAGAAAGCUGUCCAGACUGUAGGCUACACAGAGGGGGCGCUGCUGGCUCUGGCAGUUAUCAUCAUCAUCUGCUGUGUGCCUGCUAUAUUGAUUGUCAUUAUCACUUACAAGCAGUUCAAAGAACGCCAGGCAGAAUGUGCCAAAACAGCCCGCAUCCAGAUGGCACUGCCGACGGGCAAACCUGGAGGAGGGACUGCCAACAACCUGUAUGAAGAGCUGGGCGACAAUGCCAUGCGUGGAUAUGGGCAACAUGAGACACAGCAACUUCUGCGACCCUCUCUGCUCAGACCAGAGGAGUUGUCUAUGGAGUCAGGCAUCGACCCCGGCCAGGAUUAUUACACACAAGAUUAUUACAACUAUGACCACGGCUAUGACCUCCCUCAGUAUGGCAGUCGCAGGAAGCUGAUCUCACCCACCGGCCUCUAUGAUGAAUAUGGAGAAGUGAUUGUUGACGACGAUGGCAGCUACUACUACAGCCCGCAGGAGUCUGAUGGAGAGGUACUGGGACGUGGAAAGAGACCACUCCGUGGAGGCAGAGUUGCUCCCCACCCUGCCUUCCUCCAGCCCCCUCCUCGUGCCCUGCCCAGAAAGACUCCAGGACCCCCCAGGAGUGACCAUGACAAAAUACAAGCAUUUGAGGGCAGUGCCACCACUAAAACAGAGCCCCAGGGCUCCAGGAUGGCCACCAGCCUUAAGAACGGGAUGGGGCUAAGCUCACUGCUAUCUUCUGAGGGUAAAAUGAACGGACACCCCUCCACCAUCCAUCCACCCUGGAACAAAGCCAGAGUUGGACCGAUGGAAGAGUAUGGCAGCAGGAAGCGUCGGAUCAAGUUGGUGUUAGACCGGGAAUAUGAGACAAGCUCCACUGGUGAGGACAGCCUGCCAGAGACCCAGCGCAACCGCCUAUCCUCCACCCUCAACAGCCAUGCCAACGUCAACGGCAGCAUCUAUGUUGCCCAGAACGGCUCCAUCAUCCGCACCAGACGCUCGGUAACUGCCAUCGGUCCCUCACACACUCACACCACCAACAACCUCAAACUCAACUCCCCCGUUCUCAGCUCGCGGCUGGCCAAGCACUUUAAGAAACUGGACAAAAUGGCUGCCACGUUAGAGGAACGAAUGCCCCUCAACAACCCCAAAACAGCAGCAGAUGGCGGCUGCAACAGCUUGCGCAGCUUCCACAGCACCGGACUGGCCGCCUCCGCGACUGCCACCUCCUCUUUCUCCAACACCGACAACAAUAAGACUCUGAACACAUUUAACACUCGACAUUCCGGUGUUUCGUUAGGUUCCACGAGCACCAACAACACAGGCCCUGAGAGUCUGGCGUCCAAAUCGAACCUGCUCAAAGCCGCGCAGGGCAGCACAGAACAGCCGCAGGGCACGCUGGAGAGAGGGAGGAAGGACGAGAGAGACGAGGGGCAGGAAGAGGAGAGAGAGUCAAAGAUAGACGGCAGUAACGAUGAUGAUGACGGUGGGCUCGUCAUGAGAGAGCCCUUGGAAUGUCCGAGUGACAGAACGCAGUCGGAUGAGGAGGAACUAUGGAUGGGCCCUUGGAACAAUCUUCACAUACCCAUGACCAAACUCUGACUGAAUGUGACCCAACUGUGCUAGCUCCUUAUUGCCAAGAUCAUUUAAGCAUUAAAACAUGAUUUGCCCAUUAACUUAUAGUGGUACUAAUGGGGUUGCGCCAAUCCAAAUAAGAGGUAUCUAAUUAGCAGAUUGGUAAUUAGCUUAAUGGUGGAAAAGAAUACCGAUAUUCAAACCCAGUUUUAUAUAUUUAAAAAACAAAACAAAACAAAAACAUUCUAUUUUUUGCAUUAAGUGUGACAACAUAUUUAUUCACAUCAAUUGAAAGGACUUACUUGGUCAUUUUUGUUAAAAUUCUGCAGUCAUUUGACGAAAAGGUUGUAAUGUGGGUAAAAACACAUUCAAAAUUGAACAUGCCUGCGGGCUAUAUGUGAUUUUUAUUAGCUCAAAUAUUCAAAAAGGAGCAUCCCAGAAACCCAAAAGAUCUUAGUACUCCCAAAACUUUUGGGAAACUGGACCCUGAACUAAAUUGAGAGGACUUUAUAUUUUCUACUUUGCUAAAAAAAAAAAAAAAAAAAUGAAUAUAUGAACCAGCGUGGAGAAAAAUAUAUGAACUUUUCA